AUGGACGAGCAGCAGAAGCUCGUGUCCGACUUGGAGACUAAGAGGAGCAAGACUCAGGAUGGUAUCCAUUCCAAACAGACUGAGGGACGUCAACUGCGUGCUGAAUUGAGUAGCAUGCAGAAGAAGUUGGGCUUCUCUACUGAGGACCAAAUCGAUGACAAGAUCGCUGAGAUCGAGUACAGGAUGCAUACUGAAUCCUUGGACCUCAAGAAGGAGAAGGAACUGAUGAAGCAAAUUUCCGAGCUGAAGCAGACGAAGCCUCAGCUCAAGAAGUUUGACGCCAUGAAGGCUGCCUCCGGCGAGUACGAUACCACCAACGUUGGACCUCUCAAGGCUAACUUGGAGGACAUCAAGAC